AUGAAGGUGGGCGGCUCGUCGUCUUUGAAAAAGGAAGGGAUGAUUCUUGCCAAACUCUGUCAUGCCCAUCCUCCUUGGAGUUUAAAAAAAAAUAUCCCCUUCUGUUUUUCCGUCUUCUUCUCUGCCGAAAGGAAAGACAAAGGCGAGGGAGUCCUCGAACGGGGAAACCCACGAUUGAGAGGUCAGAUCACACCAUCCUCAUUGAUCCAACUCGGGUUGGUAUGCUCACAAAGAGAGACCCUACCACAUGUGUUUCAGUUUGAGAGCCACCCUGUUUUCUCGAUGUCUUCUUCUCUUUCGGGUGGGAGGCAUUCUUCAAUAGCUUUCAUUACUGAGGGGCCCAAUCCUAAGAAUAAGAGUAUCAAAAGACUCGAUCUAUCCGACCUUACCAUAGUCUCCCUCGGGGCGCGGUCAACCUAG